CAAUCCCCACCUUUCCAGGGUGCGUGGCAAUCUUAUCAAUCUCAUCAGUCCUCCACUUUCCACUUCACUUCCUCUCUGCCAUAGACAAACGCACAUUAUCAAAAUGUCGCGCUUGACUUCUGCCUUCCUGAACAGGAGCAAGCCGGCUGCUCCGGAUGUCGUGGGUGUGCCAGUGGAGACGGACCCUCAACCGACUGUUGGUGACGACGUGGAACAGUUCAAGCACGAUGACGGGACAACAUCCCAUGACGGCAGCGACCCCUCCAAAUCGCCCACCGACAGCGACGUCGAAAGUUUCACAGAAGGCGCGCAAGAUGGUGUGAAGGCCAUCGAAGCCGUUACUACCGUAUGGACGAAGAAGACACUAGCCGCCGCAUUGGUCUUCAUCGUCUUCCUCUCCUUCGUCGGAUCGCUGCAACAACAGAUGGGCUUUGGCCUGGAAGUCUACGUUGUCAGUGACUUCAGCGCACUCGGGCUGUAUGCGACAACGGGCGUCGUGUCGCAAUUGCUUGCUGGUGUUGGCCGUCUGGGUGUUGCGAAACUACUCGACGUCUGGGGGAGGCCUCAAGGCUUUGCAGUCAUGAUUCUCUUCGUUACCAUCGGCCUGGCCAUGAUGGCAGGCACGAACUCGGUGGAGAUGUACAUGGGCGCCCAGGUGUUUUACUGGUUUGGUAUCCUCGGCCGGGACCUCUGCAUCAGUGUCUUCUUGUCCGACAUCACAUCCCUCAAGAACAGAGGAUUCAUGUUCGCUCUGGAAACUUCUCCAUUCCUGGCAACCACCUGGAUUGGUUCGCCGUUAGCACAAGCCUUCCUGGAUGGACCUGGCUGGCGCUGGGGCUACGGCGUCUUCACCAUCAUUGAGCCUGCUGUGAACCUUCCUUUGGUCGCACUAUUCAUGUGGUACACCAGAAAAGCUCGACGCGAGGGAGUCUUGCGCAAAGGCUCUUCGGGACGAACGACGUUCGAGUCGAUCAAGUACUACGCCAUCCAAUUCGACUUGGUCGGCAUCUUCUUCCUCGGCGCAGGUCUGGCGCUUUUCCUCCUGCCGUUCAACAUCUACAGUCGGCAAGCACAGGGCUGGGGCACGCCAUUCAUCAUCGCCAUGCUCGUUCUCGGUAUCGUGCUCGUAGUGGUCUUUGUCCUGUGGGAACGCUUCUUCGCCCCUAUUCAGUUCGCACCCUGGCACAUCCUGACGAACCGCACCGUGAUGGGUGCAAACAUCGUUCAGCUCUCAUCGGCAAUGUCCUUCGGCAUCUGGGCCAGCUUCAUGAAUCCGUUCACUCAGAUCGUGUAUGGGCUCUCUGUCACUGAGGCCGGCUACGUCCAGAAUAUUUACAGCAUCGGCUCGUGCUUCACAGGCGUCAUCUGCGGUAUUUUAAUACGCUGGUCUGGCAAGUUCAAGUGGUUGGCGGCCUACAUCGGACUGCCACUGGUCAUCAUAGGAGUGGGGAUGCUCACCGAAUUCCGCCAGCCCUCCUAUAGCAUCGGGCCUAUGAUCGUAUGUCAGGUUCUCAUUGCUCUGGGAGGUGGUGUGACCACUAUCUGCUCUCAAACAGCCGUCAUGGCCGCCGUCACCCAUCAGUACAUUGCCGUUGUGCUCGCCAUCCAAGCACUUUUCUUCUCUGUGGGACAGGCAAUCGGGUACUCGAUCAGCACUCCAUUGUGGAACGAAUAUUUUCCCCGUUCUCUGGCAGAUUUCCUCCCACCGGAAUUGCAGCCCAACGCCACCAUCAUCGCGAGCUCGAUCACAGAACAACAGGUGUUCGAGAAAGGAACGCCGGCAAGAGAUGCAAUCGAGCAGGCUUAUGGUGUUGCGAUGAAGUAUCAGACGAUCGCUGCCACCGCAGUCUUGGCUCUUGCAGUACCUGCUGUUCUUGUGUGGCGAAAUAUCAAGGUCAACGAGUUCAAGCAGACGAAAGGCAAGGUUUGGUAG